GCGGCGGCGCCGCUGCGGAGCGCGAUGGUCCCGCCGGGGCCGCCCCGCUCCUGCCUCCUGCUGGCGGCCGCGCUGCUGCCGCUGCUGCCGGUACCGGCACCGGGAGCAGCCCCGGGCCCCCCCGCGCUCACCGACGCCGAGAUCGAGGAGUUCCUGCGCGGCUUCCUCGCACCCGGGGACCAGGACGGGGACGGGACGGAGCUGGGCUUCGGCACCGAGCUCAGCACCGGCACCGGCACCGGAGCUCCGGAGCCGCUGCCCGAGCCUGAGAAACCCAGGAAGGGGAAGAAGGAAAAGCCCCCCAAGAAGCCCAAGGAGAGACCCCGGGGCCCCAAGAAGGACAAGGACAAGGACAAGGAGCGGGGCAAGAACAAACCCCCCAAGAAAUCCAAGGAGAAGCCACCGAAAGGCUCUGAAAAAACCCCAAAAAGCUCUGAAAAAACCCCAAAAGGCUCCGAAAAACCCCCAAAAGGCUCCAAAAAGCCCAAGGAGAAGCCUCCCAAGGCCACCAAACCCUCUGGCAAGAAGCCACCAGUGCCACCGAGCCCCCCCACUGUCCAACAGCCCUCGCGGGGCAAGGAGGAUGAAGAGAUACCCGAGUUCCUGGAGCCUUCUCACAAGGAGAAGGAGGAGGAUGGAGGGGUCCGAGGAGAGCUGGAGGAGCCACCAAAUGAGCGCUGGGAGGACUGGAGCCCUGAGCCCCAGCCAGAGGUCCCCGAGGAGCCGGAGCCCCCGACCCUGGACUACAACGAGCAGCUGGAGCGGGAGGACUACGAGGACUUCGAGUUCAUCCGGCGGCAGCAGAAGCCCCCGAAGCCCCCGGGCAGGAGGAGACCGGAGCGGGUGUGGCCCCAGCCCGAGGAGACGAAGCCCGAGGAGCCCCCCCCGCGGCCGCCCAAAAGGUCCUACGGGCUGCCCCCCCCGAGCAAACCCCACGAGCACCCGGACAAGGAGGACGGGAAGGAGACGGAGGAGGAGAAAAUCGGAGCCUCGAAGCCCAAGAAAGAGGAGGAGGAGGAAGAGGAGCGCUGGGCGGAGGAGAAGGGCCAGGACCGCAAAGGAAAACCCAAAAAACCAGGAGGAAAGAAGUGGGAUCCGGAUGAGGAGGAAUGGGCCCCUCCCGCAGAGAAGAAAAGGUGUCCCCCAAUCGGGCUGGAGUCCCACCGCAUCGAGGAUGACCAGAUCCUGGCCUCCUCCAUGCUGCGCCACGGGCUGGGCGCCCAGCGCGGCCGCCUCAACAUGCAGGCGGGCACCAACGAGGACGAUUUCUUCGACGGGGCGUGGUGUGCCGAGGACGACAGCCGCGCGCACUGGCUCGAGGUGGACACGCGCCGCGUCACCAUGUUCACCGGGGUCAUCACCCAGGGCCGCGACUCCCAGAUCCACGAUGACUUUGUCACCAGCUUCUACGUGGGCUUCAGCAACGACAGCCAGCACUGGGUGAUGUACAGCAAUGGCUACGAGGAGAUGAUGUUUUAUGGCAACGUGGACAAGGACACGCCGGUGCUGAGCGAGUUUCCCGAGCCGGUGGUGGCUCGAUACAUCCGCAUCUACCCCCAGCGCUGGAACGGGAGCCUCUGCCUGCGCCUGGAGGUCCUGGGGUGCCCCCUCUCUGCUGUCAGCAGCUACUACACCCAGCAGAACGAGGUGACCUCCACGGACAACCUGGACUUCCGACACCACUCCUACAAGGACAUGAGGCAGCUGAUGAAGGUGGUGAAUGAGGAGUGUCCCACCAUCACCCGCAUCUACAACAUCGGCAAGAGCUCGCGGGGGCUGAAGAUCUACGCCAUGGAGAUCUCCGACAACCCGGGCGAGCACGAGACGGGUGAGCCCGAGUUCCGGUACACGGCGGGGCUGCACGGCAACGAGGCGCUGGGCCGGGAGCUGCUGCUGCUGCUGAUGCAGUUCCUGUGCAAGGAGUACCAGGACGGGAAUCCCCGCGUGCGGGGCCUGGUCACCGACACCCGCAUCCACCUCGUGCCAUCCCUCAACCCCGACGGCUACGAGCUGGCCCACGAGGCGGGCUCCGAACUGGGCAACUGGGCACUGGGCCAUUGGACAGAGGAAGGCUUUGACCUCUUUGAGAACUUCCCCGACCUGGCCUCAGCGCUGUGGGCAGCCGAGGAGAGGCGGCUGGUGCCCCACCAGUUCCCCAACCACCACAUCCCCAUCCCAGAGCACUACCUGUCCGAGGACGCGGCGGUGGCAGUGGAGACACGGGCUGUCAUGGCGUGGAUGGACAAGAACCCCUUCGUGCUGGGAGCCAACCUGCAGGGUGGGGAGAAGCUGGUGUCCUUCCCCUUCGACACGGCCCGGCCCAGCCCGCCGACGCCGGCGGCCGCCCCUCGCCCGCUGGACUACGAGGACGAGCACCCCGAGCUGCAGGAGACGCCCGACCACGCCGUGUUCCGCUGGCUCGCCAUCUCCUACGCCUCGGCACACCUGACCAUGGCCGAGACCUUCCGCGGGGGCUGCCACACGCAGGACGUCACCGACGCCAUGGGCAUCGUGCAGGGCGCCAAGUGGCGGCCCCGGGCUGGCAGUAUGAAUGACUUCAGCUACCUGCACACCAACUGCCUGGAGCUCUCCAUUUACCUGGGCUGUGACAAGUUCCCCCACGAGAGCGAGCUGCAGCAGGAGUGGGAGAACAACAAGGAGUCUCUGCUCACCUUCAUGGAGCAGACCCACCGGGGAAUCAAGGGCACGGUGACAGACCAGCAGGGAGAGCCCAUUGCCAACGCCACCAUUGUGGUGGGGGGCAUCAACCACAACGUCAGGACAGCCAGCGGCGGGGACUACUGGCGCAUCCUGAACCCGGGCGAGUACCGCGUGUCGGCGCGGGCCGAGGGCUACAACCCCAGCGUCAAGACUUGCCACGUGCUCUACGACAUCGGGGCCACCCAGUGCAACUUCGUGCUGUCCCGCUCCAACUGGAAGCGCAUCCGGGAGAUCAUGGCCAUGAACGGGAACCGGCCCAUCCGCCGCGUGGUGCCCGGCCGGCCCAUGACGCCCCGCGAGCGCCUGCGGCUGCGGCAGCGCCUGCGGCACCGCAUGCGCCUGCGGGAGCAGAUGCGGCUGCGGCGCCUCAACGCCACCACGGCCGCCGGCGGCCCCACGGCCCCGCCGCCCACCACGGCCCUGCCCUUCCCCUUCAGCAGCACGGCCUACACGCCCUGGAGCCAGGAGCCACCCACUGCUGGCACCUGGGAGAUGGACACCGAGACAGAGGUGGUCACCGAGCUGGUGACAGAGACGGAGGGCUGGGAGUUGCACACGGGCACGGCGCGGCCGCUCACCACGGCCGAAACCUACACCGUGAACUUUGGGGACUAGGGACACUAGAGUGACCCCUCACUCUGCUUCAAGCUGUGGUCGGACGCUUUGGCAUCCGCUUCCAACACCUUCUCUGAGCCCAGGCAGCUGUUCCAGGUGGGCUCCAGCCCCUCACCUUGCUGCUUCCAAGGACUGCAGGCAUUGUCGCCAACAGCUGGGUGCUGUCAGGGACAUGCUACCCCAUCCCUCGGAGCCGGGCAGUGCCAGCCCACUGUCCGUGUCCUAGUGGGGUGGCAGGGGUGGUACUGCUCUCCUGGGCAGGGCCCAUGGAGGCGGGCACAGCCUUUCUCCCCUCCAUACAGUUUUUGUUACACAAAUAAAUCAAGUUAUAUUGGUAC